AUGACAACUGCCCAAACGCUUGGCCUGACAAGCGCCUAUUUCGGAGGAGGAUAUCUCUUUGGGCCUCUUGUGGUCGGCGAGUGGGUUCUACGUCACGAUGAACACCACCGCAGGCGGCCAUCCGUGCCAUACCGUCAAACUUCGCAUCGCGAAAAGCGUCAGCGCAGUAGGCAGGCCAGUGGCUUAGCAACAAUACCUGCAACGGCAGCCACCGUCGCCUCGGUCGCUACAUCGGCCGUGACAAAGCAUUCACGCUACUCAGACUCAAGCGAAAAUCAAAUCGGCGGCUUCAAGGCAACCUUUAUGGUGGGCCUCUGUUUCUAUGGUAUUGGUACCAUCAUGUUCUGGCCUAGUGCUGUGCUGGCUUCGUUUCCUGGGUUUCUCAUCAGCAGCUUCGUUGUUGGUUUUGGCCUCAGCAUUCUCGAAACGGCUGCAAACCCGUUCAUUGUCUUAUGCGGUCCCAUGGAGUAUGCGGAGAUGCGACUGCUCCUUGCGCAGGGGACGCAAGGAGUUGGAAGUGUCCUCAGCGGCCUUCUCGCUGACAACGUAUUCUUCAAUAAAGUCAAUGCAAUGGAAGACACCAAGGCGGCCGCACUGCUCGACGUUCAGUGGACCUACCUAGCAAUCACACUCUUUUGCGUGGUCUUGAUUUUGUUCUUCUACUAUAUGCCUCUUCCCGAACUGCACGACGCCGAACUCGAGUUUGCCGCAAGCCGAAUGCCGGUGGACGGCCAGAAGCGCACAAUUUUUGGUCUGCAGUUGCGCACUGUCUGCCUCAUCUUGGCAGUCUUUGCACAAUGGACGUACGUCGCGUCACAGGAAAGCAUGAGCAUCUACUUCCAACGUCUCGUCACGUCGUGGCUACCAGGCCCGUCAACAGCAAACGGAAACAUGGCCACAUUUCGUGUCGGUAUCCGGGACCUACCGGCAAUAGCUCUUAGCAUGGCUAUGGCCACCUCAAGGUCCGAUUCCAAUACCGGCUCUGACGCUCCGGAUAGUCUGGCCGUCUCCGUCCCGAACUAUUUGCUGAUUGCCCACACGUCGUUCUCGGUGUCACGAUUUUUCACCGCAUACGUUGUGUACCUAGGAGUCCAGCACCCAAAGAACCGCUUGUUGCCAACACCACGGACUAUCCUAACUAUCUCGACGGCAUUGGCGACGUUGUUUACUCUUCUCACCGUCGUUCUUCACCCGAGCCAAAAUGCCAACCUAAUCAUGGUGCCCGUGGCCUUGUUCUUCUUCGCCGAAGGCCCAAUAUGGCCGCUUAUCUUUGCCAUAGGACUGCGCGGCCAAGGCGCACGCACGAAGCGUGCCGCGGCGUACAUCACCAUGGGCGCGUCCGGCCCGCUGUUUUGGCCUUUUGUCAUGUACGCAGUCAUGAGGCAGGGUGGUACCAUUCAAAUUGCAUUCAUCAUUGUGGUGGCCUUGAUGGCGGCAUGCACGGUCUACCCACUAUUCUUGACCUUUUUCCGCGAUGCGCGCGAGCUGACCAAAGUGGCGCCAUAUGACUUUCAGCCAGGACAGGCGGGAGGGCAACAUCCGGCGCGGGGCUUUGUUGGUGAGCUCGACAUGACAAUACUGGGCGGAGGUCCGGACGUUGGCAGUCCAGACCACAACCGGGCUCCCAAAACGCAGCCGGAGCAAGACAUCGCCAGACAGCAGGACUAG